AAAUAAUCAUUUUUAUAAUUAAUUUGAAAUAUUGCUUAUUUAUGUAAUUUUUUAAAAAAAUUUAGUUAUUUUAAAAAAAAAAUUCAAAAAAUCCAUCCUUUACUAACUUAAUCAAAUUGCCAACUAGAGACUAGUUUCUGCCCUAUACAGUCACUCUAACCUGCAAGGUAUUAUACUACAUUAGAGCGGAAACUCCGUUGCACAUGGCGCAACUUAGCGAGAGCGACGAUCCAAACCACGUCGUUUCUUCUCCAUACUCAACCCAUGAAGCCACCUUCACCAAGAGGCGGCCAUUGACUAUCUCCACCGAAACCCUAACAUCACCGUCGUUACCCACUCUUCCCUUCGACGUGCUCGCAGAAAUUCUCUGCAUGCUCCCCGUGAAACUACUCUUACAACUCCGCUGCCUAUGCAAGUCCCUCAACUCCAUAAUCUCCGAUCCCAAAUUCGCAAAGAAACACCUUCGCCUAUCAACCCCGCACCACAACCUCAUUGUAAGCUCCACCAAUUACUUAAACCAGCUCCUUCUCUUUGUGUCCCCGAUCCCCUCAGUUUUUUCAACUUCUACCGUCAUGCAGAGACAACUCACGUACCCUAAAAUCCUAACACAAGAAUACGGCGCUCCUUUGGAUGUAUGCUCUUGCGACGGCAUCCUUUGUUUAACGCUAGAUGAUAGACACAGACACGCUCUUUUGUGGAACCCUUCCAUUGGAAAAUAUAACAAGUUGCCUCGUUUGGAAACUACGCACAAGAGAAAUUCUUUUUCCUUAUAUAGCUUUGGGUAUGAUCCUUUCGUAGAUGAUUAUAAGGUUUUUGUUGUUUCUUUUAGUGACGGAUGCAAUUACAAUGAAGUUAACGUUCAUGUUAUGGGUACAAUGUCUUGGAAAAGGGUCGACAAUUUCCCGUAUUGUAGCUCGAUUCGUCGAUCGGGGGUAUUUGUGGGUGGUACUAUUAAUUGGUUGGCGUAUGAUAAGAUGAGUUAUUGGCGUGCCAUUGUUUCUUUUGAUUUGAAGGAUGAGUUGUAUCAGACGCUUUCGCAGCCUGAUUUGGAGAAUGAUCUGUGGACGUUGGGGGUGGCGAAGGAUUGUCUAUGCAUCUUUGCGAGUAGUCAAAUGUGUUUGGAUGUUUGGAUUAUGAAGGAAUAUGGAAAGGAGUCUUGGAUUAAAUUGUGCAGUGUUCCUUACAUUGAAAAUCGGGGUUUGUAUGCCUAUACCAAGGCGCUGUAUAUUUCUGAGGAUGACCGAGUGUUGAUGGAUUUUCAUGAGUUGAGAAGUGUUAACUUGAAGUUGGUUGUUUAUGAUUCCAAAAAUGAUACUUUGAAGAUUCCCGAUAUUCAAGCCAUCAAUCAUUGGAUGGACCCAGAAGUCUAUGUUGAGAGUUUGAUAUCACCUUGUUCUUAAUGUCAAGAUAUGCAAAUGCAAAUUUGAGCAUGACAUUCAAAUCCAUGUUCUGAUUACAUGUGACUUGUUGGAUCAUUGUUAGUCAUUGAUAGAUGAAAUUUGCAGGUAACAAAUUAUUUAAUUUCAUCUAUAUAUUUGUAUAAUGACUCUUGCCAGAAUUUGAG